GUCGGUGACUGUUGCUGAGUCGGCGUCGACGAGUUUCUCCAUCGCUCUCACUGAGGAAGUCCGUCUGUGGUAGGCGAGAUGCUCCACCGUAGGGCCUCCUAGCAUCUGCUCCCUUUUCUAUAGGUGAGUUUUGCAUCCUUGAAAUUUGGUCUCAUCGUGGCUUCGUGGCACGUCUCUAAAAUGUUCCAAUCUUGUAUUCUCUCUCUCUUCCACUCAGGGAGUAAGGCAGGAAAAUUCGUCUUCCUCGAUAUCUUGGCUUGAUCAGUGGAUAUCUAAUCUGACCAAAAUCGGUCAGCAUGCGAUUUUUGUUUCUUCUCUCGGCACUUGGUCCUCUCGUAUCCUUUUCAGGAUCGGACUCACAGGUGAUCGCAUAUGAAGAUCUGCUGAACACAGCCCGGGAGUUUUUUGAACCAGGAGUCACAUCUUUUACUCAGAUUCUCUUCGAUGUUGCUAGAAAACAACUGAUCGUUGGAGCCAGGGACGUGCUUUUCCGGUUGACUCUGGAUGAUCUGACCCCGCUGGAGAGGACAUCAUGGAAGGCACAAACAGGAGCCGUGGACAUGUGUCUCAUAAAAGGCCAGAGCGAAGCUGAUUGUCACAACUUUAUCAAAGUACUCUUGAGCACCGGCAAAAAACUCUUCGCUUGCGGCACCAACGCUUUCCAGCCCCACUGCUCAUGGAGAGAGUUGGAAAGCCUGAACCGCGUUACGGAUUGGCCGCACGGGGUGGCCAAGUGCCCGCACUCGCCGCACGCCAACAUCACGGCCCUGAUGACGGCCGGCGGGCAGUACUUCGUCGGGACGCCGACCAACUUCGCCGGGGCCGACUACGCCAUCAUCAGGGACGCCGGCGCCAACCUCCCUUACCUCAGGACCCAGCAGUACGACAAUCGCUGGCUCAACGAACCCCACUUCGUAGGCUCAUUCGAGACUGAGGACUUCGUCUACUUCCUCUUUCGGGAGAUCGCCGUCGAGUACAUGAACUGCGGCAAGGCUAUCUAUUCUCGUGUCGCAAGAGUUUGUAAGAAUGACCCUGGUGGUAAGACGAUGUUGAAGGAAAACUGGACUACUUUUGUGAAAGCUAGACUCAACUGCUCAAUCCCUGGAGAGUAUCCAUUCUACUAUAAUGAAAUUCAAGGAAUGACAUACUUCGCAGACACAGGAAUGGUCUACGCUACUUUUACCACACCCAGAAAUAGCAUUCCUGGAUCGGCCAUUUGCGCAUUCAAUUUGACUGCUAUCAAUGCUGCAUUCAACGGUCCUUUCAAAUACCAAUCGUCGGUUGGAUCUGCCUGGGAGAAGAUACCCAACACGGGGGGUUUAUUCGCUCAGUGUCAGAGGAACAAAGCUGAACAAACUGAGCAAAGUCUGAGCGAUGCUCUAAAAUAUCGACUCAUGGACUCUGCUGUGCAACCAACCACCUUGCAUCCUCUGUACUCUUCGCAGCUUGAGACACUCACGCACAUCGCAAUGGAUGUGGUUCCGACCAAAUCGAAUAGGGAGCACUACGUCCUUUAUGUUGCAACCUUGGAAGGAUUGGUGAAGAAAAUAUCAAUCUUGCCCGGAACGCGACAAACUUGCGUGUUGGAGGUGUGGAAGCCAUUCCCAAAUGAUGUCAUCCCAAAAAUCCACACUCUGCAUUAUUUAAAAGAAACGGAUUCGGUCUACAUCGGGACGGAAGAAAAAUUGAUAAGAAUCCCGGCAGAACGUUGCUCACGACAUAAAACUCGAGAAGCGUGUGAGGGUGCCAUGGACCCUUAUUGUGGCUGGAGUGAGCACCAGGAACAGUGUCAACCACCACCAAAUCGUGAUCCUCUUUUCAUGUACUGGUAUCAAAAUGCAACCAUGUGUCCUGUCACCACUCAUUCAGUGCCUGGUGGAUGGUCAUCGUGGUCCAACUGGUCAGUCUGCAGUCAUAUGAAUACCAAUAAUGAUUCUAGCGAUUCUUGUUUGUGCUCCACAAGACGAUGCGAUAAUCCUGCACCCCAAAACGGAGGGGCUCCUUGUGAAGGACCAUCUAUCCGAGUGACAAACUGCACAGUGCACGGAGAAUGGACCCCAUGGUCGGCUUGGUCAGCUUGCUCACAAACUUGUGGCAUGGCGAUAAAAACGCGACGUAGGUAUUGUGGCAAUCCUGCCCCUGCAUUUGGAGGACGAGUUUGUGUCGGUCCAGAUACACAAGAACUUUACUGUCAUACAAAUCCACCUUGUCCUGCGAUCACACCACCAGUCCAAAACGGUGGAUGGAGUAGCUGGGGCAGUUGGAGCGAAUGCUCAGCCCGUUGUGGAGGCGGGUUCCGCGUGCGUCAUCGACAAUGCAACGAUCCUCCACCUCAGAAACCCGGCGGUCUGGACUGUCCUGGCAACAGCGAGGAAUACGAAGAGUGCAACACGAUGCCCUGCCAGGAACUCAAACGCUCAUCGUGGACCCAGUGGAUGCCGGUCGGGAAUCGCUCUGAAAAACGAUUUAGGUACAAAUGUCGGGCGCCUGUGUCGGAUCCUACUUUCAUCAAAAUAAUCCUCGACAAAGAGGAAGAGAGGCUGUGCGACGGAGGAGCCUGUCACAGAACAAAUCCUCGAGAUCGUGGAGAAAUGGAAGAAGAGUGGUCCGAAUGGUCCAACUGGUCAGAAUGCUCCGCCGAGUGCGGGGGUGGAACUCAAUUUAGAACAAGGAGCUGUGAAGGUCGUGACUGUCCCGGAUCACCGCAAAUGUCUCGGACAUGUAACACCCAGCCAUGUAAAGGUGAAUGGGGUUGUUGGACUGACUGGUCAGAGUGCUCGGUCUCUUGCGGCACUGGUUUUAGGGAGCGCACAAGAGUCUGUUUGGCUGCUCACAAUCGUCAUGAGGAAACAACAGGAUGUGAGGGCUCCGCCGCAGAGCAGCAGUCCUGUGAAAUGCCGCCGUGUGACGGUUCCACUGGUUGGAGCAGCUGGUCCACCUGGUCAACUUGCGAUGAGAACGGACAACAGUUUCGGACUCGUAAAUGCCUCGGUGCUCAAGAUUCUACAGAUUUCUGCGAUGGCCGUGAUACUGAAAUCAGGGAUUGUCCUGAUUUGUCCAACGAUAUCUCGCCGAUGAGGGUUCAAAGUAGCUCAGUUGGUCACUCGGUAUCAGUGGCCUCAAUUUUGGGCUUCUGCGUUUUAGCUUUUGCCUUUGGAUUGAUUGUUUCUGGGUUCCUGUGCUAUUACUGGCUGAGGAGGCAAAGGCCAAUCAUCCCGGGAAGCCCGCAUUAUAUUUCAUCAAAACAAAAUCCUUACGUGACAGUUCCUCUAAAAGAAGUGCAUCAUCCGAAGAGAACUCCAUCGUUUUCGAAACACACGCUGUCGAGCAACGGCACGCCGAAAGUGUUCAACUCUCGUCCGGUGGAGUAUGAAACUGCGACGAUAAAAAGGAAUAGUCACAGUCUACUGAAUGGUCACAGGCAGCAGCAACUAGAUUUAGAGCAGGAGAAAUUUUUCUAGCAUAGGGUCAACCACUCCUCCUCAUGAACUAUUCGUGCUCUAGGUUCUAAUACUAUGAUAGCUUGACGGAAAAAGGAGAGGAGCAGUGUUACAAAUUUCCAUUAUUUUACUGCAUCCUACAAAUAUGAAGUCUCUACUUCUCCCGUGCUGAGAAAAACGCUGGCUUCCAAUGGGGCCAAAUUGAAAUAUAUUCCAUUUUUCUUUGAAAAUAUUUAUUUUGUGAUAAGAUUUAUGAAUAUUUCUCCUUGAACUUCGCAGUAUUUUUUUUAAAAAAUAACGUACGAAAUCCUGUGAAAAAUGGAGGAGAAAUAUUCACAAAUUUGAUUCGCCGAAGAAAAUUUGGCAACGCCUGACGUCUCAUACGGCGUUCUUACCUAGCACGGCAGACUCCCGAUCUAUACGAACUCAUCACGAUCUACUCUCUUGAUCCGCAUGCCAUACUUCUUUAAUUUGUGAUGUGUGCAACGUAACCAUUUGAGUAUGUUACAUUGCCGCAGCGGAAAUUGAAGGGGUGAUUUGGAAGCGCAUCAAAUGAUCCAAGUAAACAGUUCAGAAGAAGUUUUCUAGCUGUCUCUUCUCCUUUUUUCGGCACAGCGUAUCUUUGUGACUGACUAGGUAUACCUGAUUGAUCGACUGAAAUUUUAGAUGUAAUCAAAUUUUAAAUUAUGCGACAGGGAAACUAGGAGCUUAAAGCGCUUUUUCUGUCCAUUUGUUUAUUUUAUUUUUUGUUAUCUAGUAUGUUUAUUUUACUGGAAUGAAAUGUGGUCACUGUGUGAAGUAUUGACACUGGCGCCUGCUUAAUUUCCGCAAGUCAGGAUUUGAAGUAAGGAGCAUCAGUGGCGAUUCUUGAAAAUUGACAACACUAUUUUUCCUCCAUCUGAACGUAUCCAAAACAAUCGAUCCUUCGUAAGGCACAUUGCCUUGCCUAAAUUCGAUAUUUUUAAUGUCUUUAAAUGGGGAAAAACAGCGUUGCCAACUUGCAAAAUCGCCAUCGAGGAGCAUGAAAUGCUGUAGUUAAUAAAUAUGAAAAUCGUGCAUGAAAAAGUUAAACUUAUGGGAAAUGCAUGUAUAUGAAAUUAAAAUACUUUUCGUGAAAAUUUUCUUCGGUCAACAACCCGCCUAACAGAGCGUGUAAAAAAAAGCCGAAUGGGAGAAUUAUUUCACAUACAUAAUAGGAAACUUACCUAAUGAACUAAUAAUCAUUGUGUACCUAAAAAAUGUCAUUCUCCAGAUUGCGAAAUCCCAGAAAUAUGAUGAUGUGAUUUAAACCGUGCCAAAAAAUAAAGCUUUAUACGUAUUACUAAGGUAUGUAGGGAACAAUAAUUGUUAACUCGUUUAGUUUCUCAAUCUCUCUAAAUAAUUAUUCGCGAAACGCUUCUACUUAUUUUAAUUUACAAACUCUUGAUUUUCCCUCACUUUGGCAUUAGUCAAAAGUCCUCAUCUCUAUAUCUUCACUUUUUGUAUGAAAUAAUCAUUCUUCAUUGUGUGGUGAUCAAAGAAAAAUGUUAGCUGGCUCACCCGUCGAUAUUCCAUUGCGCGGCCAAAGCCUAAUUUUUUUAAUAGCAUAAUUUUCUGAUGGAGUAUUACUUAAGAUGUACGUUGAAAAUUGACUAGUCAAUAUUUUUGGAGAAUUUAUUCUGAAACAGAGACAAUUUCUUUAGCUUCCUAAAAUACUUGUCGAUUUUUCUCGGAUAAAAUUUUAGGAGGAAACGCACCAAACGUUUUGAUUUGAGUCGUUGUUUGUUAAAUCAAUUCAUAAAAAGCAAAAUGAGCAAGUAUUGAUUUUGUUCUUGUUUCAGAAACUUGUCUUGUAUUUGUACAUAUUUAUUGUUGAAUUUGACAUGCUUUUUCCGGAAUUUCUGGGACAGUCUCUGUCUCCAACUUUCCGCCUCUUUGCUUUUUAGUAUCAAAUCAAAAAUCGUCUGUCCGCCUCCCUGACUUUCAUGAUUGUAAGUACCUGUAGCAGCUUUAAAAUGUAUCAAGAGUCCACUGCACGUAUUGACAUGCCUUUUUGAAGUAGGUAUUUGGAUUUUAUCCAGCCUUUCGUUAAUUUUGGGAGUUUUUGAUGAAUGAACCAGGUUAAUCACAGCUGUCAAAUUUUCAAAUCUGUCAAAUUUUCAAAUCUGUCAAAUUUUCAGAGUGAAUUUCAGAAAAAAAAAUUAUUUUUGCUUUGCUCUUUAAGAGGAAGACAAAGUAUGGAGAUACGUUAAUUAUUUUUAUUUCCUACGUGCGUGAGCUUUUGGAUCCUGAUAGUAAAGCUUCCUUGCCUAAGAAUUAAAUCAUUCUCAGAGUUUUUCGUGCCAUGUAAAUUUUAGAAAAUGGUCAAUUUCAAUGCGUAUCAGUACCUGUGUAGUAAUUGUCCCGACCAAUAUUCUCAAAUAAUAAUAUUUCGCGUUUACAGCCUCCCUGUUUUAUUUUGCGUAUCUUUUUACAAAACUAUCAUUUUUGCCUUUCGAAUUUAUAUCAUAUCAUAGGAUGAUUCAACUUUUGUACAUCAUAAGUCUAUUGAUGAAUUUUUUUAUCACUUGCGAAUAUGUUUCCUAAAAUUCCAGUAACUUAUUUAAAUGCACCAAUGAAAUAAUAUUAUGGAAUUAAUAUUAGUUUCCCUACAAAAAAGUCAAAAUCUGCGCUCUCUAUUGAAAUGUACGUAUCGAGGUUAUUUCUCUUGUUCUUUUUGUGCCAGAGGUGCAUUGCAAUGUAUGUUAUGCUUAUGAAACUAAUCUUCUAUGGUUAUAACACUUGCAAAUAAGUAUCAUAAUUUGCAAAGAAAAAAAUCAAACUUUUAACCGUGUUUAGGAAGGUUUUUUGUAUAAGUGUCGAAGUAACAAAUAUACAAAAGCAUUGUAUUCGCUCACCAAUGUGUUUUUAAGAUGUAAAGCUAACUUAAUCAAAUACAUGUUGUUUACUCCUAUUAACAUAGUAUGCCAUUUACACUGCCAAUCAAAUAAUUCCAUGAUCGGUCUCAACAUGUAACUUCAAUUCCACAGUGUGUAAAUUGAUUUUUGUUUUUUAUAAUGUUUAUCGCUGGUUUGUUUCAUUGACAAUGAAAUUGUUAUCGCUCAUAUUGAGUGCAUUUGUACAGGGAAUGUAAUAUACUUUUUGAAGAAUCUUUUACACUCAUUUCGAUUUGUACAAAUAUAUUAUUUUUUAUGAACAUUA